AUGGCCACAACCACCACUGCGGAUAUGGAGAAGAAGCUGCACGCGGAGCCGGCCGUGUCGCCGGUCGACGAGGCCGAGCCCGAGAAGACUUCCAAGCCGCGCGGUAUCCUUGCGACGAUCCGAUACUAUGAGGAAUACUUGGAUCGCAAGAUGGGCAUCGAGUCGCAUAGUUUGGAUCGUGUGCACCCCGAAAACCGCGACUCGCCUAGCUCCGUGGUUAUGGGACUGAUGUGGGCGUCUGCGACGAUGAACAUUAGUUGUUUCAGUACUGGAUUCUUGGGAAAUGAGUUUGGGUUAUCGCUGGGUCAGACGAUUCCUAUUGUGAUCUUUUCGACCCUGUUGGGUGCUGCUGUUACGGGUUGGUGCGCUACCAUGGGCCCUGGUACUGGUCUGCGCCAGGUCGCCAUCUCCAGAUACUCCCUGGGUUUCUAUCCAUCCUCCAUCAUCGCGCUGUUGAACGUGAUCGAACAGCUAGGCUGGGCCUCGGUCAACUGCAUCACCGGCGGUCUCGCGCUCAGCGCCGUGUCGGACGGCCGUGUCUCCAUCGCAGUCGGUGUCGUGAUCAUCGCCUGCGUCAGUCUACUCUUCAGCUUCAUUGGAUUGCGCGGCGUUUUGCUGUACGAGAAGUACGCUUGGAUCAUGUUCUUCAUUAUCUUCAUGAUCAUCUAUGGCGAGGCAGCUCACCGCGCGAACCUCUCCGCGCCACCUACCGUCACUGGUAUGACGGCGUCUGGCAAUGUGCUGAGUCUCAUCAGUGUGAUGUACGGAUCUAGUGCGUCGUGGAGCUCGAUCGUCUCUGACUUCUAUGUGCAUUACCCUGUGAAUACCUCGAAGACCAAGAUCUUCUUGUAUACUACUUUCGGUAUCACGAUCCCCACGUGCAUUGGCAUGUUGCUGGGCGCGUGUAUCAGCUCGGCGCUCGGUACUAACCCCGAGUGGGCUGCUGCGUAUGAGAAUGGCAUUGGCGAGAUUCUCAAGGAGAUUAUCUAUCCUAGCGGGUUUGCCAAGUUCCUACUGGUCCUGUUGGUCCUGUCUGGCAUCGGUGUCAACUGCAUUGCGAUCUACUCUGGCGCACUCUCUGCCCAACUCUUCGCCGCACCUUUCGCCAAGGUUCCCCGUGUGAUCUGGUCCAUCCUCGUAUUCGGCGGUAUUCUUGCCCUCGGUAUCGCCGGCCGCGACCACCUGCUCGACGUGCUGGAGAACUUCCUCUCUCUGCUGGGUUACUGGAACACCUCGUUCUUUGCAAUCCUCUUCAUCGAACACUACUACUUCCGUGAAGGUAGUCUGGCAAACUACGACCUCGACGCCUGGAACACCCCCUCCAAGAUGCCUGUUGGGUACGCUGGACUCACUGCAUUCCUUUGCGGUGCAGCUGGGUGGAUCGUCGGCAUGGUUGAGACAUACUAUGUUGGCGCGCUCGCGGCGAAGAUUGGUGCCGACGGAGGUGACAUUGCCAACGAGCUGGCACUUGUUUUCACCACCGUCUCAUAUCUGCCCCUGCGCAAGCUGGAACUCAAGUACGUGGGGCGGUAA